AUGGAGUCAAAGUUUCAUGCUUUUAUGUUCCCAUGGUUUGCUUUCGGUCACAUGGCUCCGUAUCUGCAUCUGGCGAACAAACUAGCCGAGAAAGGUCACCGGGUAACUUUCUUGCUCCCCAAGAAAGCUCAGAAACAGUUGGAACCUCACAACCUCUUCCCAGACAAGAUCGUUUUUCACCCUCUUACUCUCUCUCCUGUCAACGGCCUCCCUGCUGGCGCCGAGACGGCCUCAGAUAUCCCACUCUCGUUGGACAAGUUCUUGUCCGAAGCCAUGGAUCUCACACACGACCAGGUGGAAGCUGCGGUUCGUGCGUUGAGACCAGACUUGAUCUUCUUCGAUUUUGCUCACUGGGUAACAGAGAUAGCUAGAGAGUAUGGGAUUAAGAGUGUGAGUUACAUCGUAGUAUCUGCCAACACUAUAGCUCAUACACAUGUCCCUGGUAGUGAGUUAGGUGUUCCCCCACCGGGUUAUCCUUCGUCAAAGGUGCGGUUCCGUGAACAGGACGCUUACCUUUUAGCAACCUUAUCGAUCUACUACGAGAGGAUCUAUCACCAGAUCACCACAGGUCUUAAGAGCUGCGAUGUUAUUGCAAUGAGGACAUGCAAAGAAGUCGAAGGUAAAUUCUGCGACUACAUAUCGCGUCAAUACAAGAAGAAGGUUCUCUUGACUGGUCCAUUGCUUCCUGAACAAGACAAAAGUAAACCACUAGAAGACCAAUGGAGUCAUUGGCUAAGUGGGUUCGCACCCGGGACAGUAGUGUUUUGUGCACUUGGAAGCCAGGUCAUUCUUGAGAAGGAUCAGUUCCAAGAACUCUGUUUGGGAAUGGAGCUCACUGGUUUACCGUUUCUUGUAGCGGUGAAGCCACCUAAAGGCGCGUCAACGAUCCAAGAAGCGUUACCGGAAGGAUUCGAGGAGCGGGUUAAGGGCCGUGGAGUGAUUUGGGGAGGAUGGGUUCAACAGCCAUUGAUACUGGGUCAUCCAUCAGUAGGCUGUUUUGUGAGCCAUUGUGGAUUCGGGUCAAUGUGGGAGUCUCUGAUGAGUGAUUGCCAGAUAGUGUUGCUUCCAUAUUUGAGUGAUCAACUACUCAACACGAGAUUGAUGACCGAGGAACUCGAGGUCUCUGUGGAAGUGUCGAGGGAAAACACAGGAUGGUUUUCGAAGGAGAGCUUGAGCGAUGCGGUCAGGUCUGUGAUGGAUGAAGACAGCAGCGAGGUUGGGAAGCUAGUGAGGAGGAACCACGCCAAAUGGAAAGAGAUUCUGGUUAGUCCUGGAUUGUUGACUGGUUACGCUGAUAAGUUUGUAGAAUCGUUGCAAGAGUAUCUGGUUUGA